GGCAGUGCAGUUUGGUGCGGCUCUGUGGCACCCUUGCAGUUCCGACUUCGAAGUUUUCCGCUGGCGUGUAUUAUUCUUCAUCGUAACGAUUGUUGUCGAAAACGUGCUUUGUUAUUAAUUUUCUGUAACCGUCUCGAUACGAAAGACCGCGCGGAUGUGUCGUUAGUGUGCACGUGUUCUUUACGUUCGCGCAGUGUUUCGUAAAGAGAAGAGGCCAAGAUACAUACGUACGCGGAACUGCAGCUGAAAGGGAGGAAAAGAGAAGAAACACAACGAAGAAGAAAAGGAAGAAGUAGAAGAUGAGCAAGACGUGCGCCCGCUGCGAGAAAACGGUCUACCCGAUCGAGGAGCUCAAGUGCCUCGACAAGAUAUGGCACAAACAGUGCUUCAAAUGUCAGGGCUGCGGCAUGAUCCUGAACAUGCGGACGUACAAGGGUUUCAACAAACAGCCAUACUGCGAGGCGCACAUACCAAAGGCGAAAGCCACCACAAUGGCGGAGACGCCGGAACUGAAACGUAUCGCGGAGAACACGAAGAUUCAAAGCAACGUGAAAUAUCACGCCGAAUUCGAGAAGGCGAAAGGCAAGUUCACCCAGGUUGCGGAUGAUCCAGAGACCCUGAGAAUCAAGCAGAACAGCAAAAUUAUCUCCAACGUAGCCUAUCACGGUGAACUUCAAAAGAAGGCCAUCAUGGAGCAGAAAAGGACGAUGACUGGUGAAAAUGGCGAACAGAUCGAGUACGUAGAGUACACGGACGGUACGAUCGCGCCUGCAUCAGGCGUGAACGCGAAUCCACCGACCGCUAGAACUGCGAGCUCGCCGGUGCAAAGGACACCAGGUAGGAUCGCCGAUUACGAUCCCCUUAGCGAGGCAAGACCGAGCCCCUAUUCCGCCAGGCAAGCGGCCACCACUGUGAUCUAUACGAGCGACAAGGGACCAGUAACGAAUCCACCUACCAGAAAGAUUGGUUCGGUAGCGGAUAUAGACCCCGUGAACGAAUAUUACGGAUCAUUGACGCCAGCAACGAACAACAAUCACGUACCACAACAUCAACCACCUCCACCACCACCUACCAACGUUGGGAGAGUGUACAGAGCGAUGUACGAUUACGAGGCCCAGGAUCUCGACGAAGUAAGCUUCUGCGACGGCGAUCUGAUCGUCAACUGUACGGCCAUCGAUGAAGGUUGGAUGACGGGUCUCGUGCAGCGUACAGGACGACAGGGCAUGCUACCAGCGAACUACGUUGAACCGGCGCAGAUUUAAACGCCACUUCCUCCUCUUCCCAAUCUUCAUCGCCUUUGUUUCUAACCAGAUCUAACUCGAUCGAGGAAACGGUCUGCACGAGGAAGAUGACGAGGAAAGGAGAAACCGCGACGAGCUUCGAGAGGAGCACUCGACGACUUCCGGAAAAGGGAGAAACGCCGAGCGAGACUCUUUCCUGUCCGCCGAAUUCGCGGCAAACCGAAAUUCCUCGCCAGAGGAAUCGAGGUGAAAUCGAACGAUGAAAACGAGCCGAUUUCUCGCGACGAUACCGCGACGACUAUCGUGUAUAUCUAAAAAUAAGUUAUGGAAUCAAAGAUUCUUUGUUACGUCGAUCAAAGUGAUUCCUUUCGUACGUCGUGUAACAUGUUAUCCGAUAAAAAUCGUCGAUCUUCCUUCUCGUACGAUUUGACGAACGAAAGACUCGAUUGAAUAUUUUUUUUUUUUUUUUUCCUCUCUCGAACGUUGAGAAGACGAAGAUGAAAUCGUGACGAUACAAUAUGUUCUUUCCGAGUGCCUGCAAUCGUUUCGCAUUUAAAGUCGAUAAAUUAGAGGUAAUUCCACGUUUGGGACCAAAUUUCGAUCGCCACUUUUGCGAACUUCACGAUAGGUGUUUUUUUUUCCCCUCUCAUAAUAGCAAUUUUAUCCGUGAUCCAAUUUUUUCCACGGCCGACACGGUGUUUCGUGUUCGUCCAACAGUUUUAGCAUUUUUUUUUUUUUCGAAAUCAUUCCGUUGCUGUACGAGGAUUCCACGGUAAUGAUGACUUGAUGAUUACGCGGUGAAAAAGACUGGAAGACUCGAGGUUCCUCGUUUUUUAUGUACUUUAUUCGAAACAAGUCGUUGCAUGCGUUUUCAUUUUUUUUUCUUUUUUUUUUUUUUUUUUUUCUCCCCCUCUUGCUUUUGUAACGGUAUACUGUAACACUUUUGUUUUAUAUCACGUGAACACUUUGCAUUUACACGCAGAGAUGAACGGUUUUCUUUUUAUGUAAAAAUGUUCUUCUGGUCUUUGAGAUUGUAACAAAGGUUCAUCUUCACGCGUCAUCGUUUUUAUCUUUUUCAUUAAAAAUGUUGUUCUAACGAAUUAUAUAUAAAUUGAAUAUUUAUUUACGAAAAGAUUAAAUGAUAGUUGCAAUAAUAUGUUGAAAGACUUACCUUAGACUUGGACAUCAAGCCAUUCUUGCGUUAUUACGUGUUGUGAUCCGAGAAGAAACAACGAUGUGCCUUAUAUACGUAGAGGACAAUCUUUUUAUGAAGUUUUUUAUCGCGAUUUAGAAAAAAUCUAAAGUAUGUAAAA